AUGCCGCAAGGUGACUGCCCCAUUUGCCUCGAUGAGUUUACAGCCACGAGCGAUGACAGCGCAGAGGGUGCUUUCCGCUGCGCCCAGUGCGAGGCCCUAUUUCAUGUGGGCUGCGCCCGGAAGUUUGCCGUCACUGCUGCGGAGAACGGAUCCAUUCCGAUCAGGUGUCCCUUGCCUACCUGUGAUGGCCUUUGGGAGGAUCUGUCCUCUUGUCUCGACGAAACAGCGGCUGUGAAGAUCGCAGCUGCGCAGCGCUUGCAGCAAGAGCUCCGUUCGAGGACCAGCUCUGAAAGCCAGCUCUCGUCACAAGAGGCUCAGGAGCUGAAGCGACUGGGCAUCCGCCAGUGCCCACGAUGCCACGUGCUGAUUCAGAAGCAGGCCGAUGGCUUGCUCACGGGAUGUGAUAAGAUGACCUGCCGAUGUGGGUCCAUGUUCUGCUUCAGCUGUGGCCUGGAGGCGCGCCCCGGUGGCGUUGCGAGAUGUCGCUGCGUCGGUGCGCACCAUGGGUACAUUCCUCACAGUGCAGUACUCGAUAACUACAAUUCCUGGGCCGGUCCUGCUGCAGUGGACAUGGAUCUGGUGAAGAGGCCCCGUGGUGCCCCGUCCAAGGGCGCGGUGCAACGCUUGCGUCGGGAACUGGAGGUGAUGACCAAGGACCCUCCGCCAUUCAUUCGGGUGAGCUGCCCGGAUUCCGCCAUCUCCAAAUGGCACUUCGUGAUCGAAGGAGUAUCCAUUCGAGCCACCAUUGGUGCGGUUUCGCACUCCCAACGGCAGAUUCCAGGUCGACACUUGGCUCUGCCGAACGCAGCUGGACUACCAUCCAGAGGGCUGGCAGCCGCCGUGGACUAUCGGUAG